AUGUCCAUGGCAUUAACAGAGGAGCUGAAGGGCAAGGCAGUGGUGUACCACGGUGACAAACUUUGUAGGGAGAAAUUCUCUUUGUUGCUUGCAGAAAUAGGCCUGCCAAAAGGAUUAUUAACAAUUCAGGACAUUGAGGAAUGUGGCUAUGUGAAAGAGAUUGGAUUUGUUUGGCUCAAGCUUCAGAAGAAGAUAGAGCACAGGUUUGAUAACAUACUUGUGUGCUAUGAUUCAAUUGUCACAGCAUAUAUUGAACCUAAGAAGAUCAAGAAUCUCACUGGGGUCAAGGCUAGGGACUUCUUGCUUUGGUUCACAUUGAAUGAGAUUUAUGUUAAGGGUUCACCACAAGGGUCUCUUGUUACCUUCAAGUCCAUUGUAGGGUUAUCUAUGUCUUUUCCAUUUUCUAUGUUCAUGGGCAUGGCUGGGAAGGAUCAACCCAAGGAAGAGGCAUCAGAAGAAAACUGGUGGAACAAGAUAAUCAAAUUGUAAUUAAAUUGUUAUUAAUCAGUGCCCAAAAGAAUUGUUAAUAACAAUGAAAAUGUCAUUGU